CUUAUACUUCAUACUCUGUAACAAAGUAACACGUGCCUUCGCGUUUCCCGAAAUGGAUCGCGCGGGCCAAGAGGUUCGCGCCAGGAAAGGUGGUCAUCGAGUAAGCGCGAUCAUGCGCGGCUUCCGUUUCCGACGACGGUCAACUGCCCAUUUUCUCCCUUUUACCGUCCCGUAGAAAAAAGAGCCGGGGAAUGGGCUACCAACUUGAUCCAUUCACAACGCGACAACGAGACUGUGUUGUCGUUCUUCGAAGCGGGCAUCAGACCCCAGCCUGCAGCCUGCAGCCCGCAGCCCACCUACCACCCCGCGGCCGACCGUGACGAUCGAUCGCUAUGAACGAUGAUCGCGAAAGAUGCCGUCGCCCAAGAGAGCAGCUGAAGAGGCUGCGCUUUCCGGCAAGGUUGAAAGCCAGGACACGCAACAAGUUAUGGGCUUCUACCAUCAAGAGUUCGGUGUCGGCGUCUGUAGCAGUUCUCCGUCCCAGCCCUUACCCGCAGACGAGUUGCUGGCAGAGGUGCUAGCCGACGCCCAGAAACACCCGAGACCACCAAAAGUCCAUCAGCAGUUCGUUGGCAAGCCAUCGUCGAAACAGCCUACAAAUGCAUCAAAAGAAGUGGAAGUGCAGACAAAAUCGCGGGGUAGAGCCAAAAACCCCACCAUGGUUGGUAGCUGCAAGGGGGCCCGGGCCAAGGGUGUAGCAACCCGACCAGGGGGUAGCGUAUCCAGGGGGGCCAACGCGUCCAACAGUCGCGCUCCUGCUGAUACUACCACUACUGGGCAACUUCAGCCUGCCCUUGGCUCACAAAGCGCUGGUAGACCUGUUCAACAGCGGCACGACGACGCUGGCACACGCCUGACUUCAAAGACGGGGCUUCUUCCUGGGGCAGUCAAUCCAGCACAAUUGACUGCACCCAACGAUGAUGCCAACAACCCGAAUGACCCGACGUCACUGCCAGUCAAGCAGCCAAACCCACAAAGGCGCAACAUGGACCCCUCUCAAUCGCCGACCCAGUCGAACGAUGGGCGCAGCUACGAGCAGUACAUCUCUCGCGGGGACGAUAUGAUCUCGACGGACCCCGUUGAGCAGCCCGAGCUGGACACACAACAGACAUCCCAUUCUGGCGAUGGCGAGAGAACCCUGCAGGAAGAUGACACUUGUGCUGUCAACUUUCGCAACAUUGACGAGUACAGCGACAAUCUCUCGCCUGAUCGUUUCCCACGGAAUCCUGAGACGCCAGCGACGCAUAAGAACCCGUUUGCUGGAAGCAGGGCGCACUUGCUGCCUGCCUCACAGAUGUUUGGCCAGACUCAAGUCUCGUCGGCCUACAAGGUGGCCAGCCCUACCUCCUCACGGCCAUCACCUGAUGUCUUCCACCCGCAAAACGCCAUCUCCCCAAACAUUUUCAUCUCUUCGCCGUUGAAGAAUCUGGGUACGGGUCAGCAGCAGCUCCAAGGCGCCGCCUCGAGCCCCCAACUUUCCAUUCCCGAUGAUACCUCGCCACGCCACCACAGUGAUGGAGUGGUUGAUUUGACAGGCGCACCCGUUGAUUCAACUCCUUUGCAGCCAACGCGCACCUUCCCGAGGGGCCUGGCAGAAGAUUACGAGCCGUUGUACGCGUCUCAGCGACAGUUGGAGUCAUCUCCCCAGCAUGCUCCUGGGAAUGAGUCGGAAAGCGAUGCAAGCGAGGACGAUGCAAUACGCAGGCAUUACCAGGUACACUCCAAGCGAACCAAGGUGGACAGAAAGCUCGCAUCUAUCAAGUGCGAGCGCCGAUCUCCGUCCGAGGAAGCUGUAGUCCCUUCGACAAACACGAAGCGAGGCAACAAUCAGAAGACAGACUCACAGCAGUACCGCGAUCAAUGCGAGGGCAGGGCCGGCGACUAUUCUCAGACCACUGUGGAGGACUCACAAAACCGCCUUAUCAUUCCCUCUGGGGGAGACGACAGAGGGGACGCAGUAAUUGAUGAUUCGCAGGGCGGCAUGCCACCUCCAUCCGAGCAUGCUGCUCACAUGUCAAGCAACGAUGCUGUGGUAUUAGCAACUUUGCCAAACACGGCCCGGAGCGCUAUCGGGUCUCCUACUGACAAUCCAGAUGGCUCGCCCAGACCUCCGUCGAAAUCAACGCCCGAAUCACUGCUCAGAGCCAGUGCAACAGGAGAAGCUGGGCCAGAUCCCGUCCCAGAAACGAGCCCUGUCAUGCUACAACCAAGGCCUUUCGGCGAAAUCGGUCCGUUCUCAUCUGGCGGCGGUUCAAAACAAGAAUCCUUUACUGCUCUCUUGCCCAGUAGCCAUCCGACGAGCUCGCCGGAGAACCGUCACGCAGUCGAUCCAACCUCAUCAGGUGGCCGGGAUAUUUCAGGUUUAGAGGUCCACCCGCCGGCUAUGCGCCAGGGUAGAUCAGGGGUCGACGCCCCGAAUGCCACAUCUCGAGCAAGACGCAGGUGCUCGACUUCAAAGGGGUGUGUGGAUCAAGACUUUUUCGAGGUGGCGGACACGAGCCCUGUUAUCGGGUCUCGCCCAACCGUUCCGGCCUUGAAUACUAGAGCAAAGCUCCGCUCUUCGCGCAACCAAGGUCACAACACGAGCCCGCCAGUUCCCGGCAGCUCAGGUUCUUCUCUGAGUGCGUUGACAGUGACGCCCAAUGUCUCCAGCGAGACGACUCCUCUGACGGAGGACUCACCAGAUGGAGCAGACAAGCGGCUCGGCAUGACUGCUGAGCCUCAUACAUCAUCCCCCACUGCCGCUAAGGUCGGCCGCAACAGAGGCAGAGUGGCGGCGGUCAAGCCAAAACCUGCCGUGGCUUCCUCACGGAGCCUUCGCACAUCAACCAGGCGAUCCGCAACAUCAUUCGCCCGUGGGGCUUCUGUGUCAACGGACGAGCUAGGAAGAUCACCAGCGUCGUCAGCGUCAACAACUUUCGGACAGGCCGCGAUGUUGUCCAGGCUCGGCCGAAGGUCGCUAAGAGAGACCCCAGUUUCUCGAGACUCCAGUCGUGCGGGCGGAGCAAACUUGUUUGCAGGAAUGGCUUUUGCCGUCUCUUUUCAGGCCCAGCAGCGCGGUGAGACAGACAGUGACUACAACUCGAGAGCGGGCAAACAGAUGUUGGUGGAAACCCAGAUCAAGCAAGGGGGCGGAAGUAUUCUGGAGAGUGGGUUUGAUAAAUUGUUUGAGGCCAGAGCAGUCAAGCACGCCGGAGUGGCUUCGUCGAGGCCUCGGCCAGACGAGGAGAUCAAACUCACCGCCGCUGCGAGAGAGACUGGAUUCACUGCUCUUAUUGCGGACGGCCACUCACGAAAGGAGAAAUACAUGCAAGCGCUUGCCCUUGGCAUCCCUUGUAUCCACAAACGAUGGAUUACAAGGUGCAUCGAGAAACAAAAAUUGGUUGACUGGUCCGACUACCUUCUCUGCGCAGGCAAUUCGACGUUCCUCGGAGACGCCAUAAAGUCACGAACCAUGGUCGUGUACGACGCGGCGUCGGCCAAGCUGAGCGAGGUGAUCGAGACCCGAUCACGGCUGUUACGUGGAUCGCGGGUUCUUUUUGUGCUGCGGAAGCAAGACAAGAAUGAAAAGGAGGCGUAUGUCUUCCUCACACGUGUUCUUGGCGCAUCUGUCUCUAUUGUCUAUACGAUCAGCGAGGCUAGGAAGCAGCUCAAGGAGAGUGAGGAUACUGGUCGCCCUUACGACUGGGUCUACCCCGAUGAGAACAUAGGUGGCGGCAAUGCUCUCUUCACAGACAAGACGGGCUCGGCCUCCACGGCACCCGCUGCCAUCAGGAAGCGGAAGCGGAAAAGCACCACCGACGCCUGGAGUCCGAAAAAGAUCCGGACUUUGAGUGAUGAACUUGUCAUCCAGAGUCUCAUACUUGGGAGGCUGAUCGAGGAGGAUGAAAACAUUCGAGAAGAGUGAAUAUGGUACUUGUUCACCAGUGCAUCACGUGGCUCGGUUCAGGUUUUCAAACUGAAUGAGCCUUAGUUGGUAAUGUUUACGCACGGACGGUGUAUGAUAUGGUGAUUUAGUGGAAAAGUGCUUGGUAUAAGCAACCAAAGGACAGAUGGGGUCUGGAGUUGGGAAGUGAUGAUUGUUAUUUUGAGCAAAGGGGAAAAAAAGGAAAGCAGAACGGUUGCGGUGGUCUUAGUGGCCCAAACUACGUGUGUUCUGCUGACACGGAUGCCUGGAGUGGCUUCCAGAUUGGUAUGUGCCCAAGUAACAUACCUAGGUAAUUACAAUCAACAUCUUGCUCUGCUUUGCAGGAAAA